UAGGGGUCCUGUGACUGCGUUGGAUUUGCGGUACAAUCUAGGAUUUUCAUGGGAUGAUUUGACAGUCCAUGGGCAAUGUGGAGCUUUGCCCCCGGCGAAAGCGUUUGGUGCGUCCAUGUCCUGAACAAGCAGGACAUGCAGGGGGGCUAGGUGAUGCUGUUUGCACAGUCUCUCCAAGAAAUCGACUUCAUGUAUGGGAUAUGCCAGGUGUAAGUCAACCCUGUGCUUCAUGCGAUGAUGUUCUAUUCACCAACCCGCUGGAGUUGGCUGCAGGUUUGCUUGAUGCCCUCACGCAAAGUCUUCAAGCUGAGGCAAACAUCAGUGACGGCAGCGAAGCAAACAGAGAGAGGAUACAGCACCGCCAGACCAGCUGCGCAAUCUCUGCCCGAAUUCAGUCAGCAAUCUGUGUUGGUGCUGCGAUGAGCACUGUCCAUGACCCGCUGCCAGAGGUUAUUUACAAGAAGCUCCAGCAAGCUCUUGCCGAAUCAAGGAACUUGAAACUGUCCAACCCAUUGCAGCAUUUGCAAUUGGCCACACUUUUGCAAGCAAAGUUCCUCUUAGAGCUGUGUUUUGGGUGCGGCAGAGCAUCAUCAGUUUCUGUAAACCGCUUGGCUGUUCGGCUGUUUGCUGCUAUGCAAAUCUCCGAUGGCUCGACAAUUUGGAGUAUUCUGGAGGAGCUCAGAGGUUGCAUGAAGAGGAACUGGCAACAACAUAAGACCCUUGAAGGUCAUCGCUUUCAGGUUGCCUGUGUUGUUUUGAUCAUCUACGGCUUGAUCUCACUUUUGGGCUCCAGGGUUCCUGAGACGCUUGAGAACUCCGAGUAUUCAGUGAGUGCUGCCUUGGACGAGGUGACCACCACAGCCCAAGCGUUGACCAUGACAGAGUCUCAUCAGGUUAGUUCAAUGCGGGUUGAACGGAGCGAUGACAACAAUGAGCUCGGGUGGUUGGUGAGCUGGAUGGUGUUGCAUGCAGCUGGCACUCUUUUUUGUCCAAAACCUUGCAACAGUGGACAAAAGGCAAUCCAGGCAUGGGCGAUCAAACACGCGCUGGACCUAUCAACCGGGCAGCCGCAAACUGAAACAGCCGUGGCACUGAGAGCAGUGUCACUCUUAAUCGUUUGGCGAGACAAGCUUGAAGGUGUCGGUGAGGAAGUGCUGGUGGACGUAGUCAAGGCCUUGUCAGCAGCAAGUGCAUACAGCGCGAACAGCCCGGCAGAUGACUAUGGUGACCUGGUAAUGAUGUUGCUGGAGAUGCCGUCUGCAAUUUUGGGCCUGGGCAGAGUGCGAUGUGUUUUGCACAUCGAGCCCCACAAUGUCGUUUGCGUUCCUGGAAUGUCUGCAGAUCAUGAGAGCCCCAUUCUCUGCAACGAUAUUUUCAAAAGUGACUACGGCCUAAGCCCAGAUCAGCUGCCCCUGGAGUUUCUGGGACGAGACGAGUGGCGUGAGGAAGGUGGUGCACAAAGUCCAAUGAUCGCCCCCUGGAAGCUUGAAGCUUUGAUAUCUCGGCCGGAAGCAAUGUUCACAGUGCAUGAUGGGAUCCUACAAGGCGAAGAUGUUUUGAUGGCAACAAUGACUCUUGCAGAUGCUAAAGUGCGAUGCACUAGUUUGCCAAAUUGCGUGGGUUUCUACUCGGACGAGCCUGCUAACAGCGAUGGUCCAGUUGACUGGCACUUUAAAGCCGCUUGGAACUUUACUCCACUUGCUGGCGCCAUUUCAUAUCAGAAAGAGAGAGCAUCUCCACUCUUCACCAGGCACCAGGGCUAUACUUUGGAUGGUGCGGAUUUGCUUGUAUCUGAGAUGAGCGUUGAGGCUGCAAAAAAGGUUUGCAUCGACUUACAGGAUUGCAUGGGUUUUGAUCUGAAAGGCGAUCCUAUCCACGACAUCGCAGUCAUUCAUUUCAAGCCUGGAAUGCAGCUAGUUCCUGAUGCGGGCAGCAUGUGCUAUGUGUUUCAGACGGAAACCCGAAGUCAUGCCUUGCCAGCGGAUGGUGCCGCAUUCUUUCAAUUGGUCACCGAGGGUGAGCAGAAAGGUUGCGAGGACGUUGGUGUUAGCCCUAAAUCGGAUCAAAGGAGCUCCAAAUCCGAUCAGAAGAGUUCUAAAUCAGAUCAGCAGGCACAGAAGCUGUUCUAACAUUGUGCUUCGAGUCGUACUUUAAUCUUGUGUGGACUUAGUAUGGCUUCGUAAAUGUACAGAGCUUGGCCAAUCCGCAAGCUUCUUCCUGAUAAUGCAUUUCCCCACCUUCGGUCGCUUAGUGACGAAGUUGGAGGCUCUCCUGGGCCAAAAUGCCAAACAUGUUCGUUGGCAGAUAACGCAACUGAUGCCGCUGAGAUUGGAA